CUUAUGUUAACAACACCACACAGUACACGAUAUCGUAUUAAUUAUUACCAAAAUCAAAAUGUUAUAGAUUACAAUAUUGUUUUUGAUUAAUUAUUAUUCUCGGACUGACCCAAAGCGGCACCGUUUAUAGUUUUUAUUCCGUUACACGUCGUGUUUUGUUUUUGUCGAGCCAUACACGACCCACUGCUGAUAAAACGCUCGUAACACUCGAAAUGCUGAAUAAAGGUGUUGAGUGUGCUCUAUUAGUCUUACGUGGCACCUGAUGUUCAUGAUAAAUCGAAUGUACCAUCCUCGUUACAAAAGAUGAACUACUUACAAGAUCCAAUCAAAUAAGUAUUUAUCCGUUUAUAAUUGCAUGUUAUUUCGGGAAUGUAAAGUUUGACAAAUCAGUUCAAAUGUGUGGCGUGGAUAAUAAAAUGGCCGGGACAAAGGCUUUGAUAUUGGUCGGAGGAUACGGUACUCGUUUACGACCGUUAACGUUAAGUCGCCCUAAGCCGUUGGUGGAGUUUGCGAACAAACCAAUGAUACUGCAUCAAAUCGAAGCCCUGGUCACGGUCGGCGUACGAGAGGUAAUCUUAGCUGUGUCGUACCGUGCUGAACAAAUGGAAAAAGAGAUGAGCGAUGAAGCUAAAAAAUUAGGAGUCCAUUUAGAAUUUUCACAUGAAUCUGAACCACUCGGUACUGCUGGACCGCUGGCUUUGGCUAAAAAACUGCUAGUCAACGAACAAGACCAACCUUUUUUCGUUCUUAAUUCUGAUAUUAUAUGUGAAUUUCCGUUCAAAGACUUAAUUUCUUUUCACAAGUCGCAUGGUCGUGAAGGUACAAUUGUUGUGACUAAAGUUGAAGAACCAUCGAAAUAUGGAGUGGUAAUUUACAACGAAGAGACAGGACGUAUCGAUAGUUUUAUAGAAAAACCACAAGAGUUUGUAUCAAAUAAAAUCAACGCAGGUAUUUACAUAUUGAACCCUUCCGUUCUGAACCGAAUUAAGUUAGAGCCAACCAGUAUAGAAAAAGAAGUGUUUCCAUUCAUGGCUCAAGACGGUGAACUUUAUGCUUUUAACUUAAAAGGCUUUUGGAUGGACGUUGGACAACCUAAAGAUUUUUUAACUGGAAUGUGUUUGUAUUUAACGUCUUUGAAAACGCGGAAACCAUCGCUUUUGUACGCAGGCGAAGGUGUCGUGGGCAACGUGUUAGUCGACCCCACAGCACACAUAGGAGAGGGUUGUAAAAUCGGUCCAAACGUAACUAUUGGUCCGAAUGUAACCGUCGAAGAUGGCGCUUGCUUAAGGAGAUGUACAAUAUUAGCUGGAGCUACGGUAAAAUCUCAUACGUGGUUAGAUUCGUGUAUAAUAGGCUGGAGAUCAGUUGUGGGUUGUUGGGUACGUAUGGAAAACACGACUGUGCUUGGUGAAGACGUCAUAGUAAAGGAUGAACUAUACAUUAACGGUGGUCAAGUAUUGCCACACAAAUCAAUUAGCACUUCAGUGCCCGAUCCUCAGAUAAUUAUGUGAUCAUACAUUUUUUUUUUUGUGAAUGCAAUGUUCUAAUUUUUUUUUUUUUUAAUAUUAUAAUUGUAUAUAAAUGGGAUUAAAAAAUAUAUAUUUAUAUAUAUUUAUAAAUAUAUUAUAUUUCAGAUUAAAUAAAUUAUUGCAUUUUAAAAAUAUGAACAAUUAGGU